GUAUGAGCAAUAGUAAAUAACAAGAAGAAAGAAAACAAUUAGAUUGCCGACGUGCUGGAAAGAAUGAAUUAAACAACAAAAAGCAAACGCCAAAGCAAGCUGCUAGCUAGCUGUUGAAUCAAACAAAUCGGAUGAGUGUUACAAGGUGCACGCUUGACUGAAGGCCGGUUAAGCUAUUUUUAUUGUGUCGGUUGCCCAAAAACAACCGAAUGCUACGUCAUUAUAUUUUUUUGUUUAAAACAAAAACAGCAACAAUAGAGAUGAUGCCAGAGCGUUCACGCUCAUAGCAAUCAACGGAAAAGCCUGUAUAUCAGUAAUGAAAAACAAAACAAAAAAAAACGACACACCAAAGCCGUAUAUGUGUAGGCACCUCGAAAUUGGCUUUAUCAUAGACGUCUAUGAAGAGGAGCACACACACACACCAACCAACCAACACAAUAAUGUGCUCUCCACAAGGCGUCAACAGCAAGCUCUUGAGAGCUCUUGCAAAGCAAACAACUUGGGAGCACCAAAUCUACCUUCUAUUCUAUGGAGCAUUGAAACACUGUGCCUUUGAUUCAGUUUUAAACGUAACGCUCGUGUGGACGCACUUCAACGUUAACUGGAGUGAUAUUCUUCAAAACGACGAUAUUAAUGAUCUAGUUAGCGCUUUGGAAUCGUCAUAUGUGUGACCUAUAUAUGCAAAUAAAUAUAUGUCGAGCUUUCCAAGUCUAGCAUGUCGGUAUGUAAAUAAAAUACUGAAUGGUUGUGUGUGUGUGACGACGAUGGUUCAUUGAUAUUAAUGUGCGCGUAUACUACGAUUACAAUUUCCGUCCAUUAAACGAGAGUGUUGUGAAGUGAAAAUUGUGAAAAUAAAUGACCGAACGACCCAGCGACAGAGCAAAAAAAAAAUAGAAUCGUGUGUGAAUUUUUGAUCAUCAGCAGUAGACUAAACCUCCGCGGGAAGCAAUGCCAGCGAUCAACGUCAUUACCACCAAAUGCAGAACAUAGAACAUCUGGUCAUGACACCAUUGGAGGAGAAUUUACAAAAAUUUAUUUAUCAUUCUGUAACAACAUAAUCGACUUUGUGUAAUCUAUGCAGCUAUUUUCGACAGCCAAAUAAAGAAUCAAAUCACCAAACAAGUUGUUUUCACAAAAAAUUUCGAAACGUUUUCAGAAUUUGUUCCCAUUCAAGUUUGAAAUUGGAAACAAGUUUCAACAAAAAAAAUUUGUCUGUGUUAUUUUCUGUCUAUUCUCUAUCUUCGUUUCGAUUUGAAGAACGGGCUUUUAUUGCCCUGUCGUCUUUGUUCCUAUGAGGAACGGCUGUUGCCAUAUGCCCUCAACGCUAACGUCAUCAUCUUCAAAAUUGGCUUCAACGAAAUUUCAACGAAAUCAGUCUCUGACUCGACACGAGUGUCGACAUUGAAAAGAGAGUUUGAGAAGGAAAAACAUGUAUUCAGCCGUUCGACAACACGACUACGAUUAUCCUGAAUCGGAAAUGGAUGAUCGUGAAAGUUUAUAUUUUGACACCAUUUCCUUGGCCGAUUCCGAGGCAGCUGCGGCGGCAGCAGCACAUCGCAAAUCAUUGUCUCAAUCACGUAAUACCAUUUACUAUUCAGCAGCUGACUUAGCUGGUGAUGAAACACCAGCUAAACGUUCGAAUAGCAUUCGCCUUGAAAAUGGUCUAAAGGCCCGUGCCUCAUGGAAUCCCAAUUAUCGUCACUCCUCGCCACUGGAUCAUUAUUUGCCGACGUCAACAAAUGGCACGAAUGGAGCAGCGACAACAGCUGCAACGGUGGGGGGUGCUAAUGGCGGUGCCGAUUACACAGAUGCCGUUAUAGCUGCACAGGUAAUGGCUCUACAGAAUGGUCGAACAAGUUACCACAAUGCGACAGGUGCCAGUGAGGCAGGCCUGCACACAACGAUGACCAACGAUAUGGAAGUGUCUAGACGUCUGAUACAGAAUAGUGCACAGAAUAGUAGAGAUAAGAAAUUGCCAAUUACAUACUCGCAAUGGAAAUUUAGGACACGACGACGCUUCCAGGAUGGUGUGCGUGGUGUUGACUAUGUUUUGGCCUACAAUGGCGCUGAUCACAAAUUGGACAAUAUCAAGAAACGUGAAACAUUCGAGGCGAAUUUGGAAAAGGAAGGUCUCCAUCUGGAACGUGACAAUACCCAACGGAUACAUUUCAUUAAGAUUCAUGCACCGAGGGAGGUGUUGUAUCGAUAUGCUGAAAUACUGAAAAUUAAGCUGCCAAUGAAAAAGAUUCCAGGCCAGGAUCAAAUCUACAGAGAGGAAUAUGAACUUAGCGAUAGUGUACGAACGUGUUGUGGCAAUCUAUUCAAAUCAAUACAACUGAAUCCUGACAAGUUUCCACCUAAACCAAAACGUAUUCAUUUUGAAUUUCAACGGAACUAUGAGCAUUUAUUUGAUUGUGAGCAACCGAAUUUCUUUGAUGCCGGCACACGAAUUUAUAUAAUCAAUUUUAUAUUGGAACGACAACAUUUUAUAGAAGGCGAAGAGACUCCAGACAAUUUAGGUAUAGAAAAACUUUUAGCUGACGGGGUUUACGAAUGUGCAUAUACACUGCAUGAUGAUACUGAUAGGGAUUUACUAUUAAGCGAAUGGGCCAAUUUAAGAAAAUGGAAACAUUUACAACCUCUAGAUGCAAUCAAAGAAUAUUUUGGUGCCAAGGUUGCCAUCUAUUUUGCGUGGCUUGGAUUUUAUACUCACAUGUUGAUACCGGUUAGCAUUUGUGGCAUUCUUUUCUUUGUUUAUGGUUUUAUAACGUGGCACACGGAUCCAAUCAGUCAAGAAAUAUGCAACGCAAACAAAACCACCCUAAUGUGUCCACAAUGUGAUCGUAAUUGUGAUUAUUGGGAACUGAAAAAUACCUGUGCAGCCUCGAAAAUGAAUUAUCUGAUAGAUAAUAAUAUGACAGUGUUAUUUGCUUUUAUUAUGUCGAUGUGGGCCGUUACCUAUUUGGAGCUUUGGAAACGUUACUCCGCCCGUUUGAUACAUCGAUGGGGUCUAACUGGCUAUACACAUGAUGUGGAACAUCCUCGUCCUCAAUACUUGCAAAAGUUGAGAAAGAAUAGAAAACUUGCUCAGAAACUGGAUCAGUUGGAUCCGGAGAGUGUAUUUGAACCGGAGGUGCCUUUUUGGACGACAAAGUUUUUACCCAGUUUUACCAGUUACAGUUUAAUGGUAUUAUCGAUAUGCAUAUCACUUAUAGCCAUAUUCUCUAUGGUUGUUUAUCGUAUGGCCCAAAGAGCAUCGCACAGUGUCUGGGGCGAUGAAAACUCGGCAACAUACAAAAUUAUGGCCAUGCCUUUUACAGCUGGUAUCAUAGAUUUGAUAGUUAUCUCCAUCUUAGAUUAUGCCUAUAGUUCGUUGGCUGUUAAACUCACCGAUUGGGAAUAUUGUCGCACCCAAACCGAAUACGACGAGAGCUUAACCAUUAAACAUUACGUAUUCCAAUUUGUGAAUUACUACUCAUCGCUUUUCUACAUCGCCUUCCUUAAGGGCAAAUUUGUUGGCUAUCCCAUGAAAUAUAAUACCAUAUUUGGUUUUCGCCAAGAAGAAUGCAACCCUGGUGGUUGCCUAAUGGAGCUAUGUAUCCAAUUGAUAAUCAUAAUGGUUGGUAAACAGGCUGUGAAUGCAAUCUUUGAAAUGCUGGUGCCAUAUUUAAUGAAGAAAUUUCGGAAACUCUCAACGCAUGUGGGUUUGCGUCGCCGCAAGAAUGAGGAGAAAUUGGUCUCGUGCAAUCAAUGGACGGAGGACUAUCAUUUGGAACCGUGGACGAAUACAUCGAUGUUUGGAGAAUAUUUGGAAAUGGUCAUCCAAUACGGUUUUAUUACACUCUUCGGUUUGGCCUUCCCACUGGCACCUCUGCUGGCCCUUAUCAACAAUGUCAUAGAGGUGCGAUUAGAUGCUGUAAAAAUGUUAAAAUUUAUACGUAGACCCGUGGCCCAGCGUGCUCGUGACAUUGGUGUGUGGUUCAGCAUUAUGACAGUGGUGACAAAAAUUGCAGUAGCUUCAUGUGCCAUGAUUAUAGCCUUCUCAACGAAUCUGAUACCCAAACUGGUGUAUCAACAUGAAACGCAUGAUUAUAGCUUACAGGGCUAUUUGAAUUUCACCCUGGCAUAUUUCGAUACCAAAGAUUACAGGACACAGCCGAUAUUGGGUGAAUCGAAAUAUGGCAAUGUCAGUGAAUGUCGUUAUUCCGAAUUUCGUAAUCCGCCAUGGCAUGAGCAUCCGUAUAAGAGACCAAUGUAUUAUUGGAAGAUAUUGAUAAUACGCCUGGCCUUCAUUGUGGUAUUUCAGAAUGUAAUUGGUGUCUUGCAGACCAUAAUUGCCUGGGCAAUUCCCGAUGUGUCGGGCAAGUUAUUGCGUCGCAUCAAACGUGAAAACUUUUUGUUACGCGAACACAUCAUUGAAUAUGAAAAACGUCAGGCGCAAAAAGAUGCUGCCAAGAAAUUAGCAGAAAAAGUCCAUGGCCUUGCCUCAAAUGUUAUCAAGGGCAUUACAAACCAUAACAACAAUAAUAGUGCAUUGAACAAUGGUGGCGGUACUUUUUCGGAUCCCAUUGAAGAGGAAGACGAUGAUGUAGUCCAGCUACGCAAACGCAACAUAAUACAAGAUGAUACAACGCAACUGUAGUUAUUAGCUUAUCUGCUAGUAUUAGAUACUAAGAUAGCAUUAGCGAUUGCAAAAUUUGCCAAAUUAGUAAGCAAUCGAAUGCCAGUUGUAAGCGUUUUGUUUACUCUAGACUAUGGUAGCUAUUUGUUUUUGUAUUUAUUUGAGACGGUCAAUCAAAUGGCUCCUUCAGUCUUUCUUAGCUUUGUAUGACAAAAAUUUCUUUGAAACAAUGGAAGUGAAUCUGGGUGACUUGAGUAUAUGAUUUUCUCCAAUCAGCAAAUUUUUUU